CACACACACAUACACCAACACUAUCUCCAUUCUCCCUAACACACACUCACCACAAUCACCAUGAUCCUUCCACCUCCCCCCGGAAGAAAAAAAGACUGGAGCUAAUUCUCCCUGAGCUGGGUCCCUUCAUGCCAUCCACCUCACCACCACCCCCUUCUCUCCCCUUGUCAGACCCUCUAAAGGAUCUCCUGCAAAGAGUAGAAGGAUAGAGGCAGACCCUGCGAGCUCUGAGGAUCAUUAGUGUCUUUUGUUCACAACAUCCCAGGCAAAGCUAUAGGAAGAGUAGGCUGCUUGGAGAAAGCAAUCCUGAUGUUGCAACCUCAAAUCCUUCCAAGCAAAAGACAGUUCUGCUCUGCUGAGCCUCUCUUUUUAAUGGGAGGGGGGACUAUGCUUCUGUGAGACGGCAAGCCUGGACCUUCGCUCGAACCCAUGUGCAUUUGCUCAGUGAUACUUUCAAUGAGAGCCAUCCUGAAACACUUCCACCUGAACAGACGGGAGCGACAUUCGCUGUCACUCUUGUAACCAGAUUGCUAUAUUUUUCUAUUCCCUUUUUUUUUUUUCGUUUUUUUUUUCGUUCUGCAUGCUAACUUAAAAGCAACGUGAAAGCUACCGGAGAUGCUGUGCUGCAGAACCCAAGCCAAAGGGAUAGGGAUCUGGGGAUGAGAUAAUGAGAUCAUUUGUAUUGUGUUUAAGAAGCUAUUGACAAUCAGUUUCGUAACCUGCUUUGACCAGUUCACACAACCUCUCAAUGGAUUCUGACGGAUAAUCAGGUUUGUAGCUUGGCGCAGGAGAAUAAUACUUUGCCAGAUAUAGGUACCAAGGCUGUGGAAGACAACCAAAAGAAAAGAGACGACGAAAGGCCAGAAUAAGAAACUAACAUUGAUUUGCACAACCACUGAAUCUGGCUGUUGUUGCUUUUUAUCAUAUUAUGUCUGCACUCCGAAGGAAAUUUGGGGACGACUAUCAGGUAGUGACCACUUCCUCCAGUGGAUCUGGAUUUAAUCAAGCUGCCCCCAAAAAGAAAAGGCAAAGGUUUGUGGAGAAGAACGGCAGGUGCAACGUCCAGCAUGGGAACCUGGGAAGCGAGACGAGCAGAUACCUCUCUGACCUCUUCACCACCUUGGUGGACCUUAAAUGGCGCUGGAACCUAUUCAUUUUCAUCUUGACCUAUACCGUCGCCUGGCUUUUCAUGGCAUCCAUGUGGUGGGUCAUUGCCUACAUGAGAGGGGAUCUUAACAGAGUACAUGACGAAAACUACACACCUUGCGUAGCCAACGUCUACAACUUUCCAUCUGCCUUUCUCUUCUUCAUCGAGACCGAGGCCACCAUCGGGUAUGGAUUCAGGUACAUCACAGACAAGUGCCCUGAAGGAAUUAUUCUCUUCCUUUUCCAGUCCAUCCUUGGUUCCAUCGUCGAUGCCUUUUUAAUAGGCUGCAUGUUUAUUAAGAUGUCCCAACCCAAAAAGAGAGCAGAGACUCUCAUGUUCAGUGAACAUGCCGUCAUCUCCAUGAGGGAUGGCAAGCUCACCCUGAUGUUCAGAGUGGGCAACCUCCGAAACAGCCAUAUGGUCUCCGCUCAAAUUCGCUGCAAAUUGCUUAAAUCUCGGCAGACACCCGAGGGUGAGUUCCUCCCUCUCGAUCAGCUGGAACUGGAUGUAGGAUUCAGCACAGGAGCCGAUCAGCUUUUUCUGGUGUCCCCUCUUACAAUCUGCCACAUGAUUGACGCCAAGAGCCCCUUCUAUGACCUCUCCCAGCGAUCCAUGCAGACGGAGCAGUUUGAAAUUGUUGUCAUCCUGGAGGGCAUAGUGGAAACAACCGGAAUGACUUGUCAAGCCCGGACAUCGUACACCGAGGAUGAAGUUCUUUGGGGUCAUCGGUUUUUCCCUGUAAUUUCUCUAGAAGAAGGAUUCUUCAAAGUAGACUACUCACAGUUCCAUGCAACUUUUGAAGUUCCCACUGCACCUUACAGUGUCAAAGAACAAGAAGAAAUGCUUCUUCUAUCUUCACCAAUAAUAGCACCAGCAGUAGGUAACAGCAAAGAAAAAAAUAAUUCUGUAGACACUCUGGACAGCCUGGAUGACAUUAGCACAAAAAUGCCUUCAAAACUCCAGAAAAUGACUGGCAGGGAGGACCUACCAAGAAAAUUACUCAGAAUGAGUUCUACAACGUCAGAGAAAGCUUACAGUAUGGGUGACUUGCCCAUGAAACUCCAACGAAUAAGUUCAGUACCGGGUAAUUCGGAAGAAAAACUGGUAAUGAAAACCACUAGGAUGAUGUCAGAUCCUAUGAGCCAGUCGGUAGCAGAUUUACCUCCGAAACUUCAAAGAUUGUCUGGUGGAGGCAGGAUGGAUGGGAACUUGCCACCUAAAUUAAGAAAAAUGAAUUCAGACAGAUUUACAUAACAAACUUUUAGGUAUUAUUUAAAAAAAAUGGGUUUAAAAAACUCAUCAAAAUAUACGUAAGGAACUGUACAAGCUCUUGCUGAGCUCUUGUUGCCUUUGUAGGAAAUCUAUAUGGGGCACCAUUUUUAAGGCUGACUGUAGACAGGACUGUACUGUAUAUAUAGCGCUUUCAUAAGAGACCUAAUGUGUUUUUAUGGUCUUUCUAGAACUAAAGUAAUACUAACUGGCAUGUAGUAUCACAUCAAGCAUGCAAUAAUAGUGUGCAUAUUUUGCAUAUAGUUUUAUGGCAUGAUUCUUACUUUAUAUUGUAUAAUCAAAAAAAAAAGGGGGGCAUUAUUCUCCCCCAUAUUUUUUAAACUAGUACUUCUAUCAUAAGAAUGGGUAACUAUAAGGGCAAAGUUUUAAUCAAGAUUUAUUUAUCAUUUGAAUAGAAAUUGUAAAUAUACAUACAUGCAAGUUAUUUCCAGGCAUGUAUUAAUUAUUAAGGCCAAAACUAAUUUAAUAAUGUAAAAUUGUUUUGCUUUAAAGUGGACCUGUCACUUCUGCGCAAAAUUGAACCUGGUUGAUUUUGGAACAUAUGUAUAAACCAGCAUGUUCCACAAAGCACACUGCAGGUGACCACUAUGUCCUGAAUACCAAGUUAUUGAUCAUUUUUUUAACUUAAGAUUGUUGAUAAAAAAAAUAAUACGAGAACAGCAGUAUUGCCUUCUCUAACGUAUUUCACAAUUUCAUUGAGAUUAAGUACAAUAGUUGCCUGCAGGGAAAUAAGGUAAACCAAUAAAAUGUUAUGGUAACUUCAAUAUUUACUUUAUAUUUAUAUGUUGACAGGUGCACUUUAUUAAAUUAAAUAAAAAGCUAAACUCCAGGCAAACAGCUAAAUAUACAGGUGAAAUACAUAUAUAGGAGCUGUUCUGCUCAACAUUUUCAUCCUAGCAGCUUGUCACGUGUACAUCCAUUUGCAUAUUUUAUAUCUGCCUGGAGUUUAGUUUUAAUUUGCCAAAUUGAAAAAGGGCUGUCAACUUAAAUGCGAUACACUUUGUUUUUUAUUUUUAUUUUUAAAUCUGUGUACACCAAGACAUUUCUCAUUCUUGCCAAACAUUCUACAUCACAGCUUCUGCAGAGUGUAAAAAAAAGCAAACAAAGUUUUCAAAUUAAUUAGAAUUUCAGUUUUAAUGAUGUUUCCUGGUGUUUUCAUUUCUCCUGGGCUGAAUGAAAUCUUUCAAAUAGAUGUUAUAGAGUUUUUUUUAUGUUGUCAUAGGAAAGGUUUUUUUCUUUGAAAUAAACUAGUAUAACAUUAUAUAUCAAUUUGAAUUUCCCCUUUCUAUUGCAAUGAGCUAAAGGCAUGGUGUUUAGAAAUACUCACACUAUUUUUGAAAAUAAUCUUACCAUAGAGACAUAGUAUAUUCUUGAUAAAAAGAAUGUGUUCUUAAUUAAUUUUUUUAAGCCAUAUAAUUGGAUUUUAUGAAAACAAAAUACCAACUAUUUUCUUCAGCACAACAAGAAUAAUAACAUUUGUUUUGGUUAUUCAAAGAGAGUUUUAUAAAAUAUCCUUUUCAGUUCCAAUAUUUAUUUUUAAUGUAUACUAUUAAAGACUGACAUUGGGGAAUAUUAUGGGAGCAUACUGACCUAAGAUAUAUAAUAUUGUAUGUAUUUGUAUAUGGUUACAUUAUGCAGUUUUUUACACGUUGGGCAUAUUAAAUUAUAUUGUGUCACUGUGCUUGGACCCGUUGAAUCCACUUCAAAUACGUUUUAAUACUUAUUUAAACAGCACUGCUGUUGGUGAGUUACUUCCCAGCUAUGCUAUGUGCACCGUGUCAAUUAUGUCUGACUAGUUAACUAUUUUUAUCCUCCAUUAAAAAUUAAAAGACUCUACAACACUGCAAAAUGACAAGCAAGGCAAAAUUCAUUAAAAUAAUGGAAUGAGUGUUGAUCUUUAAAACAAAAU